CUUGAUCUUUGCCCCCCCCCCGCGCGCGCCGCCGAGAAUCUGCCCCCCUUUCGCCAUCUCUGCUCCGCAUCUCUUCCACCUCCCUCGGAGGCAGAUCCCCCCGCCCCUCCGUGCGUAACCCCCCUCCCUUCCUUCUCUCCCUCCCCCUCCCUCUUCCUUGCUGAUCUCUCCCCCCCCCCGCCGCCGCCGGGAAUCCGCCCUCCCUCCCCGCAUCUGUGGGGCUCCCUCUCCUCCGCCCCCCUCGGAUGUGGACACCCCCCCCCCGCACCUGCUAUGGAGUCCCAGUGCGACUACUUCAUGUAUUUCCCGGCCGUGCCCUUCCCGGCGCGGGAGGUGCUGCUGGGCGAGCCCGGGCGCUACCGGGCGCUGCCGCGGCGCAACCACCUUUACCUGGGCGAGACGGUCCGCUUCCUGCUGGUGCUUCGCUGCCGGCCGGGGGGCGCCGGUGGGGAGGGUGGCGGGAGGGCGCCCUGGGGGGAGCUGGCCGGGUCCCUCUCUGCCCUGGCCAGCGUUAGCCCCGGGGCCAGCCUGGGCGGCGAGGCGACGCUGGGCGGAGAGCCCGAGGCGACCCGCGAAGACGACGAGGACACGGCCCCCGGGAGCCUCUUCCGCGACUGCCGGGCGCUGCUGACCCACGGCCAGGGGACCCCCGGGAGACCCGCCGCAGGAGUGCCAAUGGAAGAGCCCAUCGUGUCCACGGACGAGGUCAUCUUCCCCCUGACCAUCUGCCUGGACAAGCUGCCCCCCACCACCGUCAAGGCCAAGAUCGUGGUGACGGUUUGGAAGCGGGACCAGGAGAAGGCGGAGGUGCGGGAGCGCGGCUACCUCAGCAUCCUGCAGGAUCGGGCCCCCUCGCAGACAUUCCGGGAAGAGCAGGGGGCUUUCAAGGCGCAAGUGAGCACCAUGCUGACCGUCCUGCCCCCUCCGGAGCUGAAGUGCCAACCCCUGAAUGUGUCGGGGAAACACCUGACGGUACUAAAAGUUUUGAACGCAGCCUCGCAGGAGGAGCUCUCUGUGUGGGAUGUGCGGAUCCUGCCCAAUUUCAACACCAGUUACCUUCCUAUGAUGCCAGAUGGGUCCGUCUUGCUGGUUGAUGAUGUCUGCCACCAGUCGGGUGAGGUGUCCAUGGCCUCCUUCUCCCGGGUGCCCUCGGCCACAGCCUCCUGCCCCUGCUCCCUGCGGGCCCUGGAGGAGCAGAACUUCCUCUUCCAGCUGCAGGCCCCCGAGCAGCCCCCGCCAGACAGCGCCAAGGAGGGCCUGGAAGUCCCUCUCAUCGCUGUGGUCCAGUGGUCAACCCCAAAGCUGCCUUUCACCGCCAGCAUCUACACCCACUACAGGCUCCCCAGCAUCCGCCUGGCCCGCCCCCGAUUCGUCAUGACAGCUGAGUGCGAGUCUCCGGUUGCCCUUCACCGCCGCUUCACUGUCACCUACACCCUCAUCAACAACCUGCAGGACUUCCUGGCCGUGCGCCUGGUGUGGACUCCGGAGAGUGCGGCUGCUGGCAAGAAGCUGUCCUGCGAGGAACGGCGCGCCAUCCAGGAUGCCCAGGACGCCAUCGUCUGCCACACGCCGCUCAACAACUUGGGGUUCUCCCGGAAGGGCAGCGCCAGGACUUUCUGCGUCACCUUCCAGGCGCUGCGCGCCGGGUUGUACGAGCUCUCCCAGCACAUGAAGCUGAAGCUGCAGUUCACCGCCAGCGUCUCGAACCCACCUCCCGAGGCCCGGCCCGUCUCCCGCAAGAGUAGCCCAGGCAGCCCGGCUGUGCGGGAGCUGGUGGAGCGUCACCAGGCCAGCCUGGGCCGCUCGCAGAGCUUCUCCCACCAGCAGCCGGCCAGGGGCCACCUCAUGAGGUCAGGCAGUGUCAUGGAGCGCCGAGCAAUCACUCCCCCCGUGGGCUCCCCCGUGGGGCGCCCCCUCUACCUGCCCCCCGACAAGGCUGCUCUUUCCCUGGACAAGAUUGCCAAGCGGGAGUGCAAGGUGCUGGUGGUGGCCCCCUUCACGUGAGGUGGGGGGCAGAGACCCCACCCCCUAUCCCUGCCCUCCUCCAAAAGGGAGACGCUGCCUCCUGCCUUGCAAGGGAACAAACCUCCUGCCUCCCCCGCCCCCAAACCUGCAAACACCCCAGUGCUGCCCCCCAUGGAAUAAAAGCCGUGCAUGUCACCCCCCCAAGAAAAAUCUCAGCACACCCAAUAAAUGUGGGGGGACCUUCCACUUCUCUCUGCUGUUCCCUUUCCCUUGCGGGGGCUCAGAGCUCCAGCCCCCCCCCCAUGAGACACCCCUCUCGCUGUGCCAUCUCCCACUCUCCUUCUGGGGUUUUUGGCUGCUCCCCCUCCCCACAUUUGCUCCUUCAAAAUGGGGGGCACACACCCCCAACCUCAUUGACUUCGUCCUCCAUGGUGUGUGCAAAUGAGACCAAGCAUCGGGGGGGGGCAGCUCCCCCAAUUGCCCCAUGCUGAGGAUCAGGAAUCAGCUGCUGCUGCUAAACCUUGGAGCUUGACGGUACAUCCACUGGACAGCUGCAUUGCAGAGGGUUGGACUAGAUGACCCUCGGGGUCCCUCCCAACGCUACAGGUCUAUGGUUAUGGGACGAAUCUGUGCUGCCCCCUGCUGGUGGGGGGGUACCUUUGCUGCUGCGGAUCUUCUGGAUCACACUGGAUUGUGCCACUUCUGAGGACUGGGAAGGGGGCAGAUUUCUCUUACCCCCCCCCCCCCCAUUUCACACUGCCAGCUGCUACAUCCACGGGAGAGGGGUGGGCAGGCCUCCACCCCAGCCCCUCCUGCCAUCUCAGGCCAAAGGGCCCCAUUCCAUUGCACUUUAUUUAAUUUUUAUGUUAUUUAUAUAUUUUGUAUUAUUAUUUGCCUCCAAAGCAUCUCCGACUCCACGUUGUGUGUUUUGCAAAUAAACUGCGCUGGCUGGGG